CACUGGUGGGGGCGUGGUCGUCGGUUGUGUACAAUUGCCAUGGAAACGCGGCCUAAACUCUGAAACAUGGCGAACAAACCUGGCAGAAAAGAUGCCCGGACCAGGACCCCAACGGAAAAAAAGAAGCUAAAGGGGUUAGAGCGAGUGACUCCCCCUGUUCAGGAGGAGGCUGAGCAAGCACCUAGUAGUUUGCUAAAGGUAGAGGAGAUUCAGGCUCUGGUGAUCAGACCGGAGGAUCUUGAGAAGGUUCACAUUCCACGACCUCCAAGAGAAGAACAGAAACCCUCUAUAACCAACCGCAUUCUUGUUAGGAAAUCCCUUGAAAGAGAGGAGGGCAAGAAGAGGCAGCUCCUCGUGGCUCGUAUAGCACCUCCUGAGUCCGCAGUGAAGGAGCCGGAUUUCUCAGGCACAGAAAUCCCUUUGUGUGACACCCAGGGUCCUAUUCAGCCACACUGCAUCCUGGGAAGCCUGCAGGACUUAAAACGGGAAGCUUUGUUCAGAGGUAACGUACAGCUUGCCCAGCUUAUCCAAGACUCUCCAAGACCAAAUGCUACUACAACUACGUCUGCAAAACAUGGUGUGAAACAGACAGUUGACCAGAAAAAUGAGAAUGGUUCGGUUUUACAAAAGCAAGAUAAUGCCUUGAGCAACUGGCAAUAUCACAUGAAACUAAGAAAAAGACUGCUGGACAAAUUGGCUAGUCAGCUUAAUAAGCCAACUUCACAGCUUUUGAUGAAUGUGUGUGAAGAUGUCCGAAGAGUUCAGGAAGAGAAGUACUUAAUUGACCGCAGCAUCCCAGCAAUGGAAUAUGGCAAGGGAGAACGAGUUGGGAGUGAGUUCUGGAAUGUGUCAGAGUACGUUGGGGAUGAGCUAAAUGGCCUGCUCAUGACCUUGACUCAGGCUGAGAGAGGAUAUUCCAAACCCCCCACAUACAUCGGCAAGUCACGCACUAUCCAGCAGGAAACAGGUUCUGCAGAUCAUCCUGCAUUUUACCACACGUGGCACAAGAGUCUAUAUCUCCAACGACGCAGACAGGAGCUGAAGGAAGUCAUGGAAGAACUGCACUUUCCUAAGCCGGACAUUGAUGGAUUGGAAGUAAUAGGGCGAGGACAAACGUUCACAUCCAUAAGUGCAGAACAAUUCCCAGGAACCCAGGAGAAUGAAGAGACCACCCCUGAGGAUAAAGAGAACCAAGACCCCCUGAGUGAUUUCCCAGAUACCAUGCAAGAACCUUUCUUGGGUCCCUCUCUCAUAUUCUGCAACCAGCUGGCUCAGUGGGUUGAGGACUCACAGAGUGAUAAAAUUGGUAUCUGCACUCGCAUCACCUUUGAGGCACUAGCAGGAGAUAAAGCCUCCUCGGUCUUGGAAGUUGUUAACAAUGGAACUGCAGUUGUGUGGUAUGAGUGGAGGCGGCUGCCAAAUACCUCCAGCUUGGAAGGGCACCGCAGUGAGACCAGAGUGCAGCAUUUUUACUUCAACUCCAGCCCUGGCGUGAUCUUGCCAGGGGAGACCAAACACUUCCCUUUCUACUUCAAGUCACUAAGCGCUGGUAUCUUUUCUGAGAACUGGGAGUUCUGCACCCACCCCGUGCUGCUAGCUGGGGCCCUGCUGCAGGUGUCGCUGUGGGGUAUUUCACUUUAUGAAGACAAGACAGCUCCUCAACGAGAACAGCUGCAGAGGGAAUUGGAGUCCCGGGAAGCUUUGGCCAUUGCACAGCAGAUGGUAGAAGAGCUUCUUAAUAGAGUCCGUAGCCCAGAGCGACCACCGUCACCUGUCCCACAAGCUACAAUGGAAGAAACUUUCCAGCAGUUAAAUCCAAAGUUACAUUAUAAGCAUCAGACAGUUGAGAAGCUGCAGCAGUUGUGGAAAGACUACUUAAACACACCUAGUGCUGAAGAUCAGAUACCUACAUCAGGCCCCACAGAGCUAUUACUGAAUAAUAUUACACUAGAGACCGAGAAGAUGGAAUGGGCUGAAACAGAGAAAUUGGAAGCCGAGUGUGACUGGACCCUGUCGGUGUUGGAUCUCAUACAGGCCUCAAAUUGCAUUCAGAAUGAAAACAAAAGGGAGACGUACUUAUCCCAACUCAAUAAGACAGCGUCAGAGCUCUGUACUCCUACUCCAGGGGUUGCUGAGCCGGACCUUCUGCAUCACGCAUGUUUGCAGCUGUGGCGCAAGGCGAUGGAUGAGCUGGCAGAUCGCUCUCUGCUGCUUCGCUCUGUACUUGGGAUGCCAGAUAAUGACAUCACUGUUAAAUCUGUGUUGGAAGAACCAGUGGAUGCAAAGCGCAUGAAAGGAGGGAAGGAGGAUAAAAAAGGUGGAGGAACGAAAGAGGACAAACGGUCUCCCGUUGGAAAGGAACGAGACGAAAAGAAAGGAGGAAAGACUGGAGGAAAGGGCGAUAAAGAGGAUCGUCCCAGCAGCAGGAAGGCAAAAGUUAAAGAUGAGAAAAAAUCUGGGAAGAUGGCAGCUGGGCUUAAAGAGACUAAGGAGUUGUCACCAACAGACAGUUUGGAGUCAAGUCCCACACAAUCCAGAAGCUUCCUGGUCGAUCCACUUCUACAGGAGAAGUACCAGGAGUAUAUGUACCUUGAGGUUUAUGAAAUCCUGGUGUCUCUGGUCCAGAAUCUGGUGUCUGUUGCUGAGGGCUUAAAACCCAGAGAAUGCACAUUGGAAGAAGAGAUACUACGCUGUGUGUCAUGAUCCCAGAAUAUGAGCAGAGAAAACAAGCCGAAUCGCACACCAACCCAAUAACUAUGUGCUGUGCUGUCGUCAGAGUUAUGCCUGACUGCUGGUGACACAAAGCUAUCGCUUCAUAUACAGCGUGUUUUUAUAUUUAAGAUUAUUAGUUACUCAUGUAACACAAAACAUGGCAGAUAUACUGUCUGGUCAUGUGAUCAGGAGUAUCAGCUGUAGUAUAAUACAGUGAUCUGCUUCCUAUAUUAAAUUAUUAACAAAUUCAAAAUAAAUCUAUAUGCAUAAA